AAGUGGACUAAAUUGAAGUACGUGUAAAAAAUGACAGAGGAACUAGACAUGUAUUCUUAUUUAAAUGAGGAAAACCCAAUGGCGCCUCCUGAGAGACCAACAUACAGUUUGAGGGCAGCCAAGCGGUACAUCGAUCGAGAUGAUCCUAUGUUUUGCUUACGUAAGAAAAAAAAAGAAAAUACAAGACCUCCAAUAUAUUUGAAGGACUUAGAGGAUUUUAGUGGUAGAGACCAUGCCGAUGUGGUGAAUGAAAUUGCGCAAAAGUUGAGAACUACAAACACAGAUAUAAUCUCGUCAACUAUCCUUUUGCUUGGACAAGACACAAUUUUAGAGGUUUACAACAAAACACGUUUGAUUGAACGUAAUGGCGGUCAGCUAGUUAAGGACAAAAGUCGACGUAGAACGCCAGCAGGUACGUUCUGUAAGCUACUCAAAACAGUGCCAAUGUCAACGGUGGAUUUUAAUAUUAUUUUUAAAGAAAGCAGACGCGAUGAAGUUGAGGAAGAUAAUACAACAUUUGAUAAACAAGAUACUACUGAAGAGAAAUAAAUACAAG